AUGUCCAACGUUGAAAGCAAUGAAGACAAUUCUGGAUUAGAUAGCGAGGCAUUCUUAGCUCCCCAAUACACUUUACUCUCUUCGGAAGAUCUGGAUUCAAUUUCUGUGGAUAAAAUUUGUCAAUUUUUUCAUGAUGCUGCAAAAGACGCUAUCAAAACUAAAGAUUUUAUUUCUUAUUCUACUUUGAUUGACAUUUAUUUAUCAAAUUCAAACAAUUACAAUGAUGAUGAGAUGGAAAAAUUGUUGGCGACGUUACAUGAGAUUUUAAGAAAUGAUGUUGAAUUCAAUAAUAAUGAAUUGAUUUAUGAAAUUGGUUGGGAUUUGCCUGAAGUUCUAAUAAACUUUAUAGAAUCCUCUUCUUUUAAAUUCAAAAGUUAUCUUAGUAAUGCUCCUUGUAUAAAAUCGUCCUUAUCUAUCUUUGAUCUAUUAGCAAGAUAUGGGAAUCCGAAGGAAUUAUUUCUUAAGGCUUGCGAAUUAUUGUCAUCCUUAAAAUGCCACUUCAAGGAAAAUCAAAAUGACAAAGAAGAUGAGCAAAAGGAAACCGGUGAUGCUAAUAAAGAUGAAGAAAAUCAAAAUGAAGAUCAAUUGAAUUUGGAACUCCUAGUCGACCAAUUUUCGAAUGAUGAGCUUAAGGAAAGAUUUUUUGAUAUCAAAUUUCAUUCUUUAUUAGAGUUAUUACUGGCUUCACUAAAGAGAAUACAUACGAACAGUCCUUCAAAGUUUUUAGUUAUGGCAAUAACCGCUCUUUUAAAACUAUUAAACAAUAAUGUGGAUGAGAUACUUAAUCUUUCUUUCUUAGCUAGAAGAUUAUAUGUUUUUGCAAGAGAUUAUAUACCUCCUUUACCAUUGGAUCCUCCUAAAGAUAGUACCUUUGAUAAUAUUUAUCAAUUUUCUGAAGACGAACUAUAUUUACAAAGAAAAUUAUUACAAUCAUUUAUAACUCACUUAGCUGAAUUAUCCUUAAAAUAUACUGACCUAAGUUUAUCUUUGAGUUUUUAUUCACAAUUACAGUUGAAAUUCUCACUAUGUAACAAACCAGUUAUUUCCAAAUCAAAAUCAAAUAAAGAAACUAGUAAAAAUAAAACAAAUAAUAAUGAUUUUAGUAAUGCGAUUCAAAAAAACAUUCGAAAUUAUAGAUCCACUAAUGAUGAAAUGUUGAAAGAGAUCACUUUAAGAUUGAUGGAAUUAUCUCAAUCAUUUGAUUUGAAUUUGGAAGAAAUAUUUGAAGCUGAUUUUAUUAAUUAUUCAAAGGAAUUAUAUUUAAAGAUUUUACUGGAAAAAGGAACUUUAAAUAUAAUUUCAAAUUCAAUUAAAGAUCAAAAUUUAAGAGAAGAAUUUAUAAUCAGAGAGAUUUUUAGGAUUUCCAAUGAUGAUUUUAAAAGAAAUUCUUUAAUUUCAAUGAAUGGUAAUGGAUUUUCAAAAAAAAUUGGUAAUGAUAAUGAUAACGAUGGCAUUAAAUUAUCGAAGAUUGGUUUACUAUAUAUUUGUUUUUUUUCAUUCAGUGAAAAAUUAGACUCUAAUGAAGAAAUGACAAAGAAAAAAAUUAUUUCCUCAUUGCUAAACUUCAAAGAUGUUUUGUUAUUAUCUAUAAGAUUUUUAAUUCCGGUUUUAUCGAUUUCAAAUGAUAAAAAUCUCACGUUAUCAGAUUUUCUAAGCUUUAGAAUAGCAGAAAAACGAAACACAGUGUACACUGAAAUUAAAGACUGUAUUCUUUUUGGUCUUUGGUUAUCAAUUUCAAGGGAGUGUCUUACUAAUAAUGAUAUUAAAGAUAUUUCAAAGGAUAAAAAUUUGAGAAUUUUUUUGAAAAUUUUAUUGCAAACUUUAACAACUAUUAUUUCAGUUGAUGAAAAGGAGAAUAAUAUAAGACAAUCGAUUUAUACGUUAAUUGUAAAAAUAUUGUCAUUAAGUGAUGAAGAAUUUUGCUGGGAGUUUUUAAAAGACUCAAUAGAAUUUUGUCCUUAUUCGAAUGCUAGAAUAGCAAUGGUUGGAAUUUUAAAAGAUUUAUUGACUAGAAAUAAACCAGUUAUCAAGGAUAGUAUUUCAAAUAUAGAGGAAAAUUUGAAAGGAAUGAAAAUAGGUGAAAACCCUUCAGAAGAAAAAACAGAAAUUCUAAAACAAUCUCAAUCCCAACCACCAUCUUUACCACCCAGAAGUUCUAAAUUCAUCACUUUAACGAAUCCAAGGUUGCAAGAGAUUAUUGAGUUAUUCAAACGUUCAGUGGAGGAGACUUUUACUGUUUCUAUAAAUAAGGAUGACGAUGAAAAUUUCACCAUAAGUCUAGAUCUGGAAUCUAAGAAAUCUAAAUACACAAAUGGAAUUGAUGAGAAUGAUUUCAAAUUGUUAUUGACAUAUUUAAAUUUGUUGAUUGGAAUUAAAAAUAUGGUGCCCAAGGAGAUAAUUCAAAAAGAUGUGGUUAGCCUUAUUGAAGAAACAGUUAAGGAAUUCAAGGAGGUUGCUGGAAAGAAUCCCAAGGAAAACUCGCCUAAUGUGGAUCUUUUAUUAUUUAUUUUAGAGAAUUUUAGUAAAUAA